UUGGAGUUCGAUUUGACUGCCAUGAUUCCUUGACUCUACACUUAGGAAACUAAUGUACUAUCCCCCCUGCGCUUGACCGGUCCCGGCGCAUGCAUCCUGCAAAGUUCGUUGAAUUUCUCGGCUACUCCAACUCGCGUCACUGGUGAUCGCCGCGACACAACGCAUGCCGACAUCUUACGUUUUCGCUUUCGAUAUUAGUUCACACUGUUAUUUGGGGGCAAGAAAUGCAGUCAUGGUCCAGGAGAGGCACUAGUUGCCUCUUCUGCACUUUGCAGCCACUGGUUCGACCCGUGCGGCGAAGUUUUGCGACAUCGCCCAUCCUCGAAAGAUCAAAAAGGAAACACAAGAAAGACUCGGAUAGUGAUGAUUCGGCGAAGAAAUCCACGACCCGAAAGCCCUCGUUGUCACUGAGUCCCAAAAACAAGAAAGAUGCGUCAGCCGACUUUCAGACCACGGUCACCAACAUCCUUAAUGAGAUCAAGAAGAAGAAAAUAAAGGCUUCCGACCCCGGGGUCGAGGAAUGGGAGAGGUUCUCUCGAAAUGUGAUGAAUGCGUGCCUGCUCGAUGACCGAGCAGGCAACUUGAGCCAGUCGCCCCUCGGGAAAUUGAAGUUGAGUCUUCGAAAGGCCUACGCGCGAGGGAGGGGUAUUGGCCUUCGGGAUGAAAUUGAGUACCUCAGGUACUCGAACGAGAUCACGACCCGGUACUCGGCGCCCAAUCUAGACGAACAGAAGAAAGUGGCCGAUUUACGAUACCCGGCGGAGUGGUAUCCGCAAGCUCGCACGAUCCAGCGCACGAUUCAUCUGCAUGUCGGCCCGACAAACUCGGGGAAAACCUACCAUGCAUUGCAACGACUGAAGGCGAGUGGAAAUGGGUUCUAUGCGGGGCCACUGAGGCUCUUGGCACAGGAGGUAUACCAUCGAUUCAAAGAUGGCGGAGUCUCGUGCAGCUUGGUCACGGGCGACGAUGUCAAGAUCCCGGAGGGCACGGCACCGCCCAUUGUAAGCAACACGGUUGAAAUGGUCAAUCUGGGGCGCACAUUCGAGGUUGGCGUCAUCGACGAGAUCCAAAUGAUUGCGGAUCGCAAACGUGGAUGGGCCUGGACCAAGGCUGUCCUGGGUGCGCGGGUGCAGGAACUCCAUCUCUGCGGAGAAGCGAGGGCUGUGCCUUUGAUCCGAGAGCUGGCUGCGCUCACGGGCGAUAAGCUGGAGAUCCAUCGAUAUGAACGCCUGAACCCCCUUAAGGUCGCGCAGCGGAGUCUGUGUGGCGAUCUCAACAAUCUCCGGAAGGGGGAUUGUCUGGUGUCGUUCUCCCGUGUCGGAAUCCAUGCAUUGAAAGGUGACAUCGAAAAGGUUACGGGGAAACGAGCGGCGAUCGUGUACGGGGGCUUGCCUGCUGAGAUUCGGACCCAGCAAGCCAAUCUCUUCAACGACCCUAACAACGACUACGACUUCCUCGUUGCCAGUGAUGCUAUUGGCAUGGGUCUAAAUCUGAGUUGCAAGCGUAUCAUCUUCGAGACUCUGGUGAAGAGAAUCCCGGGUGGUCUUGUCAGACUUUCUAUCCCCGAAAUCAAACAAAUCGCGGGACGAGCGGGUCGGUAUCGAUCUGCGAAUCAUCAAAACAAAAAAUCAUCUGCCGAGGAUGAAGAGGAAAAUGUUGGCUGGGUGACAUCCAUGGAGGAGGUUGAUCUCCCCUACAUCCACCAGGCGAUGGGUGUUGAGCCGGCUCCUAUCAUGGCCGCCGGGAUCAUCCCCCCUGAACAGGUUUUCGAGAAAUUCGGAGCCUACUUCCCCCGUGGUGUGCCGUUGGAAUACAUCAUCAAACGCUUGAUCGACAUAUCUCAAGUGCACCCAUUGUUCUUCAUGUGCGAUGCCGAUGGGCAGCUCGAAAACACCGAAGUCAUCGACGCCGUGAAAGGCUUACAGAUCGAGGACCAGAUGGUCCUCAUGGCAUCUCCUAUGGACACGCGUGACUCGCUGUCCCGUCAGGUUGGCAUCGCGUUCGCCGAAUGCGUGGCCCGACAUACUGGGGGUCGUCUAUUGGACAUCCCUGAAGUCAACCUGGAGAUCCUCGAGGAGCCCGUUUCCGGCAGCAAGGAAUAUCUGCACGGCCUGGAAGUAUUGCACAGGUCCAUCAUUCUAUACCUGUGGCUCAGUUUCCGGUUUGGAGGCGUUUUCACCGAUCGAACCCUUGCCUCCCACGUUAAGGAGCUAGCGGAAGAGAGAAUGGUCCGCGCUCUGACGGAGUUCUCCGCGAACAAGAAGCUCCGAAAGGACGCAUCGCUUCGCCGGCAGAUCGCGUUGCAGAAGCAAAUCGCAGAGCAGAGACGAAUCCUCGACGAAGAGGAUUUUGAUGGUGAGGGCGAGCACGCUUCUGUGGAUCUCUUCGCCAGCCAAAGCUCUCUUGGAGAUCACCACUCUCAGGUGUCUCAUACUCAGUGAGACUCUCAAUUGACCCGACUCUAUUUGGAGACGAGUAAAGCGAUACCGCUGUCGUCUCUGGCUGCCGAUCUCAAAUCUCAUCUCAAAAAGGUUCAGAGACUGCUCCAGAUACUGCCAAUCCUAUUGGCUGCGCAUGGACUGGUUCAUUGCAAGUAUUGAAACCUUGCUAUUGUAUAGAACAUGUUUGU